AUGCAAGAAAUUGUUGAUAGCUGGGCUCCCAGAGUGACUGACAUGGAGUUAUGGGACAAUUGGAAUAUCACGGAGAGCACGAUCCCUUCUCAGGAAGUCGAGUGUGAUGAGGACUCCAAUCAGAAUUGGAUGAGUUUAUUUAAAAAUCCGAAACUUCGAUUGGAGACUUUGAUGCUUAACUGUUGGACAAGGAAUAAGCUCCGAUUUCUUGAACGAAACUGUUUCAAUCAUAAGAUUCACGUCAAAAAAUUCAAAAUGCGAGCCUUUUGCUCUAUCACAUCGACUUUUUUGAAUAUGUUGGACCGUGAAACGUUGGAAGAAGUUUCACUUCCCAUCACAAGAGAAUCUGUCGAAAAAUUGGAUGAAUUUUUGUGCUCUGACCACCUGAAGGAUAUCAAAAUGCUCAAUAUCUCAACCGACUUGUGCCCAAGUGAAUUGCCGUUGAUAAACUUCUUCCAGAAUCUUCCAAGAUUGACCAUUGAAUUCGUAGGAAAAGGUGUUGAAGGAAGAUGGGAUGAUUUUAAAGAUCGUUUUAUCAAAAAAUUGGCUGAUUUUAUCAAGUACUUUCUGAACUCCACGCAACUGCAAUUCUGUCAUUUGACCGGACGAUUCUCGCUCGACAUGGAAAGUAUCAUGAUAGAAUUGCAGUCACGAGAGAUUAUGGUCCCAGGUUUCCCGGAUGUUCGACGUUACCCAAUUCUUGGAUCCAACGAAUUCUACGAAAUCGAAUUCAACGGCGGCGGCUACGGCGGCUACGGCAUCUUGCACGGCUUCGAGAUUCAAAUUAAAAGAAAGCAAUAA